AUGCCGGAGUGAACUCGUACAUUCAACUACUGCGCCGAGUCCGUUUGUUGCCGCCUGGAAGCCUAGUUGUACGCUCCUUGUCCCGCGUCAUUACUGUCCUGCCGCCAUGAAGGAAAAGAGGAAUCCCCAGCCCGCAGUGGUCAGGUGCAAGCUGGUGCUAGUGGGUGACGUCCAUUGCGGCAAGACGGCGAUGUUACAAGUGUUGGCGAAGGAUUGUUACCCAGAGACCUAUGUACCUACAGUGUUUGAAAACUACACAGCUAGCCUGGAGACAGAGGAUAAUCGUGUAGAGCUCAGCCUAUGGGACACAUCAGGUUCUCCAUAUUAUGAUAAUGUCAGGCCCCUCUGCUACAGUGACUCUGAUGCAGUGCUGCUCUGCUUUGAUGUCAGCCGGCCAGAAAGUCUAGAUAGUGCUUUAAAGAAGUGGAAGACCGAGGUCAUGGACUACUGCCCUAGUACAAGAAUAAUCUUGAUAGGCUGCAAAAUAGACCUGCGGACUGACCUCAGCACGAUCAUGGAGCUGACCAACCAGAAACAGACACCCGUGUCUUAUGAACAGGGCUGUGCAGCUGCCAAACAGCUAGGAGCAGAGAGCUAUCUCGAGUGUUCAGCCUUCACAUCAGAAAAAAGUGUACACAGCAUAUUUCGUUCUGCUUCCACGGUGUGUCUGUCGAAACCUUCCCCUCCAAAUCGUAGAAGUCCUGUCCGGAGCCUAUCUAAGAGACUCUUAAACCUGCCCAGCCGGUCUGAAUUAAUUUCUUCCACUUUCAAGAAAGAGAAGGCCAAGAGCUGUUGUCUGAUGUAGGACUGUACGGCUGGCAUGACACACGGACACUUGUAUCAGACUUUGGGCAUUCCCCAGCGUUCUUUAUCACUGGCAGAGAACGCCAGGCCCGGGGGUGAAGAUCCUGAGAGCAGUAACCUCACCCCCAGGGGCUGAGCUGGCACACAGGCUUGGUGAGAGAAGAGCUGAAAAUAUUUGCACAUGAAGGACUAUUUAAAACCAUAUGGUGUUGUGGAGCUUUUCAAGACCACUAGAAUAAAAAAGCUGAUUUUAAUAGAAUUAUCCCUUUCCUUCCUUGGGCUAUUCCCUGGACUUGCCAGAAGCAUUAUCAUUACAGUGUUAACCCUGUGGUACUUGUGCCUGUACAUUAUUGUAUAGGUAGCAGCUGUUGGUGAGACUGCUGGUUAAAGUGGUUUCUUCCCUGCGCUGUGAGGACUAUAAACUUUAUUUUUUAUUUUAAUUAACUGUAAACUUGUAUGUGCUUGAUAUGUGACAUUAAUUUUAUUUAUUGAAAAUAUAUGGGAGAAAACAAA